CAAACAUGACAUUUCAAUCAAUCCGCGUCCAUCAAUUUCAAUUGUUGUCAAAUUUGUUCUCACACACACUUCUACAAACGUUGAAAAUAUCACUAGAAUCUUAUAAAUUGUCACUGGGAAUGUGCUAAUAGUUACAAAUUUGAAGACUUUGAUGAUAACAACAAUGUCACAUUCCUCAACCCUAGUUCUUCUUCUUCUUCUGUCUCUUCACAGCAUCACUUUCUCAGAGGCUCUCAAAGGAGGGUUCAGUGUGGAAAUCAUCCACCGUGACUCAUCAAAAUCACCCUUUUACAGUUCCACAGAGACCCAAUUCCAACGAGUCGCUAAUGCAGUGCGUCGUUCCAUUAAUCGUGCCAAUCAUUUCAACAAGAACACACCUAAGACCAAUUUAACACAAAACGAUGGUGAGUACCUUCUGAGCUAUUCAAUCGGAACACCACCGUUUCAUGUUUAUGGGAUUGCUGAUACAGGAAGUGACAUGAUUUGGUUGCAGUGUAAACCUUGUAAAACCUGUUACAACCAAACCACACCAAUGUUUGAUCCUUCAAAAUCCAGCACAUACACAACCCUUCCUUACUCUUCCAAAACAUGUAAAUCAGUGCAAGAUACCUCUGCAGGUGGAGACAAUUGUGAAUAUACCAUUUCCUAUGGUGAUGGGUCACUGUCACAAGGGGAUCUUAGUGUGGAGACCCUCACUUUAGACUCCACCAAUGGCUCUUCAAUCCAAUUUCCCAGAACUGUGAUAGGAUGUGGAAGAAACAACACUGUGUCCUUUGAGGGAAAGGGCUCUGGUGUAGUUGGCCUUGGGAGAGGACCUGUGUCCUUUAUAUCUCAAUUGGGUUCUUCAAUUGGUGGAAAAUUUUCCUACUGUUUGGCACCAAUGACUAAUGCUUCUAGCAGACUCAAUUUUGGAGAUGCUGCAGUGGUUUCUGGGAAAGGGACUGUGUCAACUCCAAUACUCUCACUUGGACCAGUAUUUUACUACCUAACAUUGGAAGCAUUCAGUGUGGGAAACAAGAGAAUAGGGUUUGGAAGAUCUGAAUCUGAAUCUGAAUCUGAUGGAGAGGGAAACAUCAUAAUUGACUCAGGUACAACACUCACUCUUUUGCCAGAAAAUGUUUACUCAAAGUUGGAAUCAGCAGUGGCAGAUGCAAUUGAAUUGGAUCGUGUGAAGGAUCCAACUAAGCAGUUGAGCCUCUGCUAUGAAAGCAGUUUUGGUGAUCUGAAUGCACCAGUGAUUAUGGCACAUUUUAGAGGUGCAGAUGUGAAGUUGAAUGCUGUGAACACAUUUGUUGAAGUGGAAGAAGGAGUAGUGUGCUUGGCUUUCAUGUCAAGUAAACUUGGUGCCAUCUUUGGGAAUUUGGCUCAGAUAAACCUUUUGGUUGGCUAUGACCUAGAAAAGAAAAUAGUCUCCUUCAAACCCAAAGACUGUACUAACCAGUGAUUGUUAUUAUUGCUUGUUUUACUCAGUGGAUUAAAAAUAAAACAUAUAUAUAUUUUUUAGC